AUGUAUGACGAAUAUGCGCGUGCUUACGCGUCUCAACGCGGCAUCCUGCAACUGCGUAAACUGGCAUCAUCAAGUCAAAACGGAACCGAAUCAUCACUAUCCAUAGUAGAGGGGAGUGCGCGUCCUUUGCACAUACAUAAUAUAGCCGAUUCAACCGCCUCAAGAUAUAUAAACACCAUAAGCAGCUCAGAAUAUUCCCCCACACAGAAGAACCCUGACGAGAAGCAGACUCCCAUCAACCAGAUGCAACCCCCUGUCCUUAUUGUCGGUGCUGGACCGACAGGCCUUUCACUUGCUCUUGCCUUGCUCACGAAUGGUGUUCCCGUUCGGAUAAUCAGAAGGGAAGUGACUUUUGCAGUGGGGACACGCGGUGCCGGAAUUCAGCCUCGAACUCAAGAACUCCUCAAAUUAUUUAACAUUUGGGACGACAUGGAAAAGGGGACUUUCCCCCUUGGUCCUCUCAUAUUUCAUUCCUCCCCAGAGCGCCCGCAGCCCCUUCGGAUCGAAGAUAUGUCUGCAGAAAUGGACCCCAAACCUGAGUAUUACCGGAUAAACCCGCGUUUGCUACGCCAGGAAAUUCAAGAAGAAAUCUACCGUGCCCACCUUAAGGACCGGUUCAACGUCGAAGUAGAACUCGGGACAGAAUUUCUCUCGCUCACCCAACAUUCCGACCAUGUUUUAGCACGUCUAGUCAAACAUACUGCUGAUGGCGGAGAAGUGUUUGAGGAAGCUCGCUUUGCUUGGUUGGUCGGGGCCGACGGUGGAAGGAGUCAAGUGCGCAAGGAGCUCGGCCUUCAAUUUAAAGGGCAGACGGAUGAUCGGGGUCAAGUUGUUUUGGGCGACAUUCAUAUCAAGAACUUCUCAUUUGGCAGUGAAAAUGAGCAGAAGAGUUUUAUUAUGUGGGGAAGUCCGCAAGACAGAAUGGCAUUCCUCAUUCCUACAUCAUCCAGUGGUGACCGGUCCGCCAUCAUGAUCGGUGGUAAAAGUAUAGACAUGGCUCGAGUAUCGUCAAACAAAGAGGAGCUCAUCAAGGCGUUCCAAGAUAUUACGGGGAGGAAGGAUAUUGAAUUCGGUGAUUUGACAUGGAUCAGCACUUGGAGGUUGAACAUUCGGAUGACCGACACGUUUAAAGAAGGAAGGGUGUUCAUUGCUGGAGACGCCGCUCAUACGCACAGUCCAACUGGAGGUCAGGGAAUGAACUCCAGUGUGCAAGACUCUAUCAACCUCGGCUGGAAAUUAGCACUCGUGCAGAGAGGCCUUGCUCCAGUCGGCCUAUUAGAUACCUACACCCAAGAACGACUUCCAGUCAUUGCAUCGAUGCUUGAUAAAACCACAGAGCUAUUCCGGAAGACCUUCGAAACGUCCCACGUGGGAGAUCAAAGCGGAUGGUACAGAGGUUUUGACAUGCGCAUGUUUGGCGUCAACUAUCGGGGUAGCCCUAUCGUAGUUGAUGAGAGGUACACCGAGUCGAAAGAGCUGGCAGAUCCUUAUCGCGCUGGACAUGACGCUACAGUACAAGGUGGAGAUCGAGCGCCAGAAGCACCUGGACUUGUGGAGGACGGAAAUAUGAAUAUGGCGACCAGUUUGUACGAAGUGUUCAAACCCACGGCACAUACGGUCUUGAUUUUCGACGGCCACAAGCACGAUCCUUCACUUGUAGUUGUACUCGAGCAUUUGCUCAAGUACCCUCAAGGCCUCAUACAGAGUGUUGUCAUCCACCCACGUUCGUCUUCUCCACUGCCGACUAUGAAAGGAGCAAGUCGUGUUUUGGAGGAUCGUGAAGGGUUUGCGUAUAAGAAUUACAAGAUUGGGAUUGACGAUGCGAAAUGGCUUGUGGUUGUGAGACCGGAUGCCUACGUUGGUGCUCUGGUGGAAGGCGUAGAGGGUCUGGAGAAGUAUUUCUCGCGGAUUAUAAUAAAUGCUUAG